AUGGUAAUGGGAUUGGGAGCGACGUGUCCUGAGGCAUUGGACAAGCUGGGGUUCCGACAUGUCCUGGGUCAGACCAGCGUGGAGCCGGUUCAGGUCAACGUGGCCUUCGACAUCGCAAGUUUGGUCCUCUACGGCUGCCAGGCCCUCCCGAUCCGCCUUAAGAUCCUCCUCGACCGCCUCUUCUCCGUACUUCAGCGGGAGGAGGUCGUUCAAGUCCUCAGAGGCUUCGGAUGGACGCAGGAGGACUACGCCAGGGGCUAUAUCCUUCAGCUGGGCCCAUUACCUCCAGAGGACGGGGUGUGUUCUUCACUUAGGGGAGUCCUGGACCUAUCAUUACCAUCAGUCCAGGUAGGUCCUGGAGGAUCAUUGGCUCAAACGUCCCGUUUAGGACCACCGAUUAGCCAUUUACCAGAUGACAAUAACCAUCCCGAAGAAUGGGGUAAGUAA